AUGCCGGCGAUUUCACCGCUGUACGAUGUCUUCUCUCGAAGCAUCGCAGACUCAACCCUAAGUUCAGCUGUUAACGGUACUGCGCAGACACUAGAUGUUGUGUGUGCUUGGCCUGUCUCGUCACAGUAUGGCGCUGGAUCGCGGUUCUUAUACUAUGUUCUUGUAGCCACUUGCGUAUUCUUGCGGAAACAUGAGUGGCUAAGGAAUGCUUGUCUUGCAGCGGCCCUGGUGGUCCCCUCGAUUAGUGCGCUUCAUGGCAUCGUGCUCGCGAGUUACUCUGUGAAUGGCGCUGUAGAUCUAGACAUCUACGGAGCCUGGCAGAUCUGCUCGAUCGCCAUAAUUGCAGUGCCAUUCACGCUUCGAAGAUCACGGACGUACUUCUAUGAUGCUGGGCGCAACAUCAUCUUCCUGUGGACAAUGCUACUGAUCGCAGGCCUCAUAGCUUUAUGCAUCGAGUUUUCGAGAGUAACAGUCACCGACUGCGGUCACGACGAAGCUGGCGUUCUGUCCCUGACCGUAGCUGGCUUUCCCUACGGACAAGAAACGUGCAACUUGACAUGCUCAGAAACCGAUGGUCCUUUUUCGCCUAUGCGAGGAGGCGCUGCGAAGAACAUCUAUGUCAUUCCGGUACCCAGCAAGUUGAGCUUCAAUACUGCUAUGCUCAUCGCCGCGGGCGUUUGCGUUCCAGCCAUUCUGAGUCUGAUCUUCACAUGGGACAAGAUUCUCGAGAUCAACUGGAGGAGCCGGCGCGAGCCUGAGCGGCCAGAUGAGCUGCUUGAAGGCGUAAACAUUACCCGCGGCGAAAUCAAAGAUAUCAACAACAAAGUCAGGCUCUUCUUGAGUGUCAUUGAGAUGCCGCUAUUUGGUGGGGCUGUAGUGGCUAUUCUCGUUACUGGUGAAUUGAAUUUCUUCAGCAAGCAACUACUGUAUCAGACUGAGCCAAUGGCAUCGAUAGGUCAGUGGUCGCCCAUUGCGGGUACUUUGAUGGCGGCACUAGGGUCGCUGUACGUCGUCUGGGCUACAGAUGGGGAUAUCAUCAUUUAUGGAAGGUCGAAAGCUCCGAGAUCGACGUCUUCGCAGUCUGAUCAUAGUGAACAACCUCCGCUACGUCGAGGACGUGCUCCAACUUUGCAGUAUUCGCCUACAAGGAUCGCGCAUGAGCCACAGGUCUUCCCUCGCCUUUCUAGCGACCCAAAUGCCCUUCGCAUCAUACCAACCAUCACUGAACCAGGCCGUGACUCGAGUCCGGACGAACACAUCGAGCGUGUGCCAGCCGACGCCCCCGAACCUCAAUCUAACGCGGGCCGGGGUAAGGUACGCAAAUGGCUCGAGAAAGCCAGCAUCUACAUGAGUGAUGCCGCACACCGCGAACUGGACACAUCAGACUAUCGCGACGAGAAAGCGCGGAGGUAUCCGUGGAUUCCAGGAGAAGAGCUUCGCAACGAUAUCAUACAUCGGACAAGUACAAACUACGAAAAGAACCGAGCAGCUAGCUACGCAUCUAGCAUCAGAUCUGCACGAGAAGCUGAAGCCGAAGUCUCUUCUAACCCACCGGCAGAGACGUCACCGCGACCAGACGCCAGUCCAGAUGCCAUCACCAGAGCACCACGACGCCGCUCCACUCUCGAAGUUCCGCCUGUUGCUUAUCAUAGUCCUAAAGCUGCUCAACGUGAGUGGGGUGGUUGA